CCAUCAAUAUUUCUCAGGCUGCAAACUCCAUACCAAAUUAAGGCAGGUUCGGCAAAGUUUUUUUUGUCGUUUAUUCGAGUUUAUUUUGCCGUUCACUGCCCAAAGAAAAAAGAAAUGGAAAUGAAGAAGAUUGCCUGUGCUAUCUUAUUCGCUGCUGCCUCCGUGAGUGCAGUCAUGGCUGAUGAGGUUGCUGCUCCUGCCCCAUCACCAACAAGUGGUGCCUCAGUUAGCUUGCCAGUAGUUGGUUCAUUGGUCGGUGCCUCCCUUGCUUCACUCAUUGCAUUGUACUUGCAAUAAACUGCUCAGCACUCAAACCACAAAGGAAGAUCGAGAGGGGGGGAAGGAGUUAAUUUUGAUCAAGAUGGAGGAGAAUAAAAAAAAAAAUGUACCAAGAUGUUCUAGCUGAUUUAUUUAGUUAGAAUUUCCUUUUCCAUGCAAAGAAUUGGGGCUAAUUUAUUCUCUUUCUGAUUUGCUUGAUUCUUAUUUGGUCAUAUGUUAUAAAGGCAAUAAAUUUUUCUGCUGAA